UGCUGAGCUGCUUGCCAGGUUGCAGGGUCCUCCAUGUAGGUAUCCUGGGGCUGGUGGGUGCACAGAGGAAGGUUUUAGCUGGCUGCUCCAGACCCUUAUUAUUUCUAGUCUUGCUUGGCCAAGAGGGCUUCUGAGGUGCUCUUUAGGUCCCUGCUGUCUGGAUCCAGGUCCCUCCUUUCUGGAUCCCAGCAGCAGAGCACCCUGUGUAAUGGUGCUAAGCCAGUGAGAUCAUCCCCUAUGCCAAGCUGGGUGAAUCGACACCUUUAUGUGAUCUGCACUUCCUUCUUCAUGCCUUUCCACCCUCUUUGUUCCCAUUAGUGUUUGCCCAGUGGGUUUAUACCAGCAAGUCCCAGCCAGGUGUGCCUGGGGGUGUCUGUAGGCUGCCCACACCAGCUGGCCAGUGAGCAAACCCCUCUUCAGGGGCUGGGCUGGAAGGGAAGGGCUGUUUGCUGAGACUGUGCAGCAAAGAGUGAGCUAAAACAAGGUGAAGCCGGAGGCUGGCUGUGGGGUAAGCCCAGAAGCCAAGACAUAUUUGACCUGCUUUUGAAGCAAUCCUGGAGGCACCUGAAUCUUUGAUCUGUGUUCGGCAUCAAGAGCUGGUUGCUUUCCCCAGCCCCAGGCCAAAUCCUGCUCACACUAGAGUCCGAGAUGCCUUUAGAGGAUGCGGAGUACAUGAUCAUGCGCUGCAUCUCACCAUCCUCCGGCAACAGCGGCCUCCAGCCACGAGCUGGCACAAGCCUACCACCAGGAUCCAGCUCCCCAGACCCGCCCCCUGCGGACACCCAGCACGCGCCUGGCGGGGUAAGAAGCCACACGAGAGCAGGAGCAGGGUGGAGAUCACAGCUUUGUCCUCCUGCCCAGGACAUGCAGCCCUGCCCACCACCCAGCAUCAGCAGUGGGCGCUGCACUGUCCCCGAAGCUCCCCAGUGCCUCUGCUUCCAGGAUGCCGGUCCCGGCAGAGCAGCACCCGAGCAGGAUAGCCAGCAAGCUGGGGCGUGGGAGAGGGAGAGGGCGCUGUGGCCUGUCCCUGGUGGUCCCUGGUGGCAGACAGAGCAGAGCCAGGAGCGUGAGGAGCCCCAGGCCUGGUCAGGAAUGUUCCCACGCCGCCUGCCAGGGCCUGCUGUGCACAUGUCAUUCCUCGGCAUGGCCCCGAGGGCUGAGCAUGGUCCCCAGCCUGACCCUAGUUCUCCGGGGGGUGGGAAGGGGGGCUGUGGAGCAGCUCAUUUGCCUCUCCAACAGCAUCACCGAGAGGAGGACAUGGCUGCACCCAUGACUGCAGGCCAGUGAAUUGCCCUGGAUCUGUAGCCCCUUCCCAGGCAUCAGUGGUACAACCCCAGAUAGACACUGGAAUCCAUCCCAAGGCCUCUGGGAGCACCACCUUGUGCCCCCUUGGCAGGCUUCCUGGGCACUGCUCCUCCCAGCAUCCCAUAGAGGUGGAUGAAUGGACUGGGAGCUGCCCAGAGAGGUCUCAAGCACCCCAUGCCAGGU